AUGACUACUCUGAAUGAUCUCAGGAACGUUGUUCGGUCGUGCUCAGUCAUUGACAAUCACGCCCACAACCUUCUGCUGCCGUCCAAGCAAGAAGCUCACGACCUGCUAACCGCAACAACAGAAGCACAAGGAGCUGCUCUCCAAGACACAAAAACGUCGCUAUCACACAUCCGAGCUGUUCGUCAAUUGCGUGAACUUUAUGAUCUGGAAAACGACGCAACAUGGGACGACUUGAUGGANAAGAGAGCAGACAUCUUGCAGGGAGACUUCGAGAGCUUUCUCCAAAGAUGCUUUACUGGAAUACACACUAUUCUUAUGGACGAUGGUCUCGAUGACACGACUGUCUACCUUUUCGAUUGGCACGAUGACUUCAUUCUCGACAAGACACUGCGCAUCGUUCGCAUAGAAACCGUGGCUGCAGACAUUCUGCGUGAGAUGUACAGGAAAGGCACUCUACCCAUCGGACCAGCCAUACACAACGAUGACAUGUGUGCUGAAGCCUGGAUUACCUUCCUCCAAGCUUUCGAGUCCUCCAUCGUCACCGAGAUUAACGAUCCGGACGUGGCAGGAUUCAAGUCUGUGAUAUGCUAUCGAACUGGUCUGGACAUUAAGAUCGCUGGAGAUGUUCAAAUAGCCACGAAUGGUCUCGAAGCUUUUCAAAGCGGCUAUCUCCCUCAUUGCUUGCAGAAUGAUUUCCGUAUCGAAUCCAAAGGACUGAACGACAGUCUAGUCAUUUCAACAUGUCGACUUCUGAGCGCAGCAGCCAAGCAAGACUCAAUAAGCAAGCCAUUACAAUUCCACACUGGUCUUGGUGAUGCAGAUAUCAGUCUGCUUCUGUCCGACCCCUCUCACCUUCAAUCUCUCAUCAUUGCCUACCCUGACGUUCAGAUGGUCCUUCUGCACACAUCUUACCCAUACAUACGUCAAGCCGGAUAUCUUGCCACGGUCUACAAGAAUGUCUACCUUGACCUCGGUGAGGUGUUUCCCCAGGUCAGUAGGAAUGGACAAGAGACCAUCCUGCGCCAAUGCAUGGAGAUCACGCCUUUCUCGAAAUUGCUCUUCAGUACCGAUGCUCAUCAUUUUGGUGAGGUUUACUGGCUUGCGUUGAAGCAGUUCAGACAAGCAUUCGAGAAGGUUCUUGUAGAGUAUGUGGAAAGUGAGGAUCUCACGGUUGAACGAGCCAUCGAAGCUGCAAAGGAUAUCUAUUUCAACAACGCGAAGCGAAUAUACAAUCUCGAGGCAGAGCUCCCAGAGAUUGGGCUGAACGAGCAACCACGACGAAUCAGGGCACAGAGCAACCGCGAAGCUAGGAUCUUGGAAGCCCCUCAGCCUCUGCAGCUCGCGUGGAAGAAGACUGAGCUAUACGAGAAGCCUUACAACAUGGACAUGUUCACAAAAUUCUUUGAACAGCACCCAGAGUUAAAAUUUGUCUACGUCCAAUGGCUCGAUUAUCUCGGUACGCUGCGUGUUAGGAUGCUACCAAUCGCCAGCUUCCGCCGCCUGAUCACCGAUGGAGACCGCAUUGGUAUCUCACUAGGCAAUACAGGUACUCUGCAGAACGACCGUGUCACUUCGGCAGUCUCGUCCACAGGUCAACUUUACGUCGAGCCUGACAUUUUGUCAUUGAAGUUGUCACACUCUAAGGACCCACUUGCUUCUGCUACAGUAAUAGGAUCUUUUCACAACGAAGACGGUCGUCGCUCACAUCUAUGUUCGAAAAACGCUCUUCGGACCCUGACAGACCGCUUCAUGGAUGACCAAGGAAUCACGUUCCUAGCUGGUUUCGAGAUCGAAGUGGUCUUCCUGAAACAAGAUUCGGAAGGCCAAUACGAGCCCUGGACGACGAACCACGCUUGGGGUACUUUUACUCCAGAACAAUUUGAGGUUGUACUGCCAGUGCUUGCUGAGAUUGCGGACGAGCUGGCGAACAUUGGUAUCGAUGUGCAACAGUUUCACUCCGAAUCUGGACCCGGGCAAUACGAAUUUGUGCUGUCACCUUUGCCUAUCGUCGAGGCAAUCGACACACUCGUGCAAGCCCGCCAAGUGAUUCAACAGAUUGCCCGUCUACAUAAACUCCGCGCUACACUACAUCCAGUGCCUCUCAAGAACGUGGGUUCCGGUCAACACGUUCACAUCUCGUUCAAUUCCACCAGUCUAUCGGCAGAAGGGUUAGAAAAGAAGGAGUUGUCAUUCUUCGCCGGCAUCCUCGAGCAGCUGCCUUCUCUGUGUGCCUUCUUACUACCCAAUGAAGCGAGUUAUGAUCGCGUCACCAAAGACAUGUGGACCAGUGGCAUUUGGGUGGCAUGGGGAACACAAAAUAGAGAAGUGCCGGUCCGUAGAGUUAAGCAAGGUCGAUGGGAGGUUCGCUGUCUGGACGGCUUGGCGAACCCUUACCUUGCUCUCUCUGCUCUACUUGCUGCUGGUCUGGAUGGUGUGGAGAGCGGAAAACAAAUGGAGAUGAAGGACUGUACCGAGAACCCAGCAUACUUGACCGAUGCUCAGCGAGAAGAACUCGGCAUCAAGAGGAAAAUGCCUGAGUCGCUCGAGGAGUCACUAGAGGGGCUUGAUAGAAUCACGGUGCUGAAGGAUUACAUGAGUUCUGAGCUGGUCAAUGGUUACGUGGAUAUGAAGAGGGCUGAGAAGCAGAUGCUUGAUGAGAUGGAUGAAAGGACACGACACGCAUGGUUGAUUGAGAGGUAUUGA